GCCACAUCCCUUACCCAUGCGGGGAUAACAAAAACCGGGUUUUGGGCACGAGAAUGCACGAUAGUGGGUCUUCUUCCUUAUCGUCUGCUUUCAUGCGGUGAAAGAGAUGCCUGACAGUAAACUCAAUGGGGAUGUUGAUGGAUGGGAAGGACUGGGGUGACACCUGCCUCGACCGUGCUGGUCGGCCGCCUUCUCCACCAGCUUAUCUUCUCCACUUUUGCACAACUCUGCAAGAUUCCGUGCACCAGGAUCUCCAGAUGUCUUUGUGAAACACACUUCUGCCUUUCAAUCGUUGAUUUCAAAAGAUCGCUGAGUCAUGAGAAGGGUCUCGGCUCCACAAUUACAUCGGUCGGCAGCUAGGGAUAUAUCUCAUCUGCACUUAGCAAAGCACCUAGUCAACUGUCAACGGAGCGCAAACCAAUCAUUCAACAGCUUGAGACAAUGGCCCUAGCCUGUCACCCUACUCAUUGGCUUAUCUCCAUUUAGACUCGCGGAAUGGCGACAUCGUGGCUUAACGAACGCUUCUAAACCGACCUAUAACAGUGUAACCAGUC